CAAUUAUCGCCUCUGUCUCCACACGAACGCAACACAGCCCGGUUGCGUACGGGUUGCUGUCUUUUAUGUAUUUUUACUAAUCGGCUGCCGUGAAGAGGAACAUAACCGUGCGUUUUUGACAUUAAAACGGCUAUAUACUCACACCGGACCCCUUUUGAUGCGCAGACCGUGCGUCUGUCCCGCGGUGGUCUCUUUCCCAGGAUUCACACUAGCUGUAUUCAGUACUGUAACGUUAUGUGGGAAAUGACCACUGCUCAACACUGAGGAAUUAUUAAGGAAUAAACCGCAUUCUUCAAAUCAUGGACACAUUUGAGUGAAUUACAUUUCGUUCAGGUGUGGUGGCAGUGAGACAGGAUGCCGCUGGUAAAGCGCAGCAUCGAACCGCGUCACCUGUGUCACACGGCUGUGCCGCACGCCAUUAAAAAUGAACUGGAGUGUGUGACCAACAUCUCGCUAGCCAACGUCAUCCGACAGCUCAGCAGUCUCAGUAAAUAUGCAGAGGAUGUGUUUGGAGAGCUCUUUAAUGAAGCACAUGCCUUCUCCUUCAGAGUGAACGCACUUCAGGACAGAGUCGACCGCCUGUCAAUCAGUGUCACUCAACUCGACCCCAAAGAAGAGGAGUUGUCUCUUCAGGAUAUCACCAUGAGAAAAGCUUUCCGCAGCUCCACCAUUCAAGAUCAGCAGCUGUUUGAGCGUCUGUCUCUGCCGAUCCCCAUGAAGGAGACGUAUGAGGUGUGUGAGGAGCCGCCGCCACUCAACAUCCUCACACCCUACAGGGAUGAUGGGAAGGAGGGUCUGAAGUUCUACACCAACCCGUCGUUUUUCUUUGACCUGUGGAGAGAGAAGAUGCUGCAGGACACUGAGGACAAGAGAAAAGAGAAGAGGAAACAGAAGUUGCAGGAUCACCAGAUGAAUGAUCAGGUCUAUAAAUAUUUAGAUCUUCCUGUGCAGCAGAAGAACAUCGACAGGCCUCAUGAUCUAGAGAAAGUCCCGCGAGCUCCUCACGAUCGUAAGAAGGAUUGGCAGAAGAUGGCGUUAGGGGCGGAGCUUGCUGACGAUGAUAUGGAUGACAGACAGAAAGACACCAACGGCUCGGCAACAUACCAGGACGGCAGGCAGGUGUAUAUCGAUCAUUUGGACGGCUCGUUCUCUCUGGCGGCUUUACCGUACUCACAGAUGAAUGAACUUCUGAACCGGACGGGAGACAGAGCGUACGGACGCCCACAUGAGCCGCCUCCUCCUCCACCCACAUAUCCACCUGAUAUCAAAUCAGCCUCUGUACUCAGCUCAGGUUUCUCCGACAGCAUCACACAGUCUCCGGCUCGCAUGCCAGUCUUCCUCAACCCAAAUGCCCCGCCCCCAGCACCUCCACCUUUGCCCCCACCCCCUCCACCUCUUCCCACCUCUGCUGGCCAAUCAGGUUCCAGAAUGCGCAGUACAGCCCCUCAUACCAUUCCCCCCCUCCCGUCACAGCAGCCUCUUGCUAUCCCCCCUGCUCCCGCCCCCCUCCAGAUCGCCCCUGGAGUCCUACACCCCGCCCCCCCUCCAGUGGCUCCACCCCUUCACUCGUCACCCGCCCGCAUACCGCAGGAUAGAGGCCCGCCCUCCAGCGGAGAUGGAGCCGUUCUGCCUCCGCCCCCUCCUCCUCCUCCUCUGCCGCUGCAAGGCAACAGAAGCCCCUCCCAUCCCUCGACCACGCCCAAGAUGCCCUCCUUUCCUCCGGGAGCCGUGUCUUCACCACCCGCCCAUUCUGGUCACGAGGGCAAGAGGUAUCCCUCCAACCUGCCGCCAAUCACCGACGCCCGCAGCGUCCUAUUGGAGGCCAUCCGUAAAGGUAUUCAGCUGAGGAAGGUGGAGGAACAGAGGGAACAGGAGGCCAAACACGAGCGUGUGGGCAAUGACGUGGCCACCAUCCUCUCUCGCCGCAUCGCCGUGGAGUACAGCGACUCUGAGGACGAAUCUGAGUUUGAUGAAGUCGACUGGAUGGAAUGACAGAAAGAUCUCCGUUCCAUCUCUUCAGGGAACAUCAAGACUGACGGCUCAGGCUCCCAGAAUGCUUUGCUGUCACCUUAUUUCUUACCACAUAUUCCACCUGCGAGGUCGACUGCUGAGUGAACGUCGACGUCAUCCUUCUUUCAUCUUCAUUCUGUCGUUAAGAUCUCGUCUGAUCAACUCAACUCAACUUUUAAUAUCAUUACAGCACUUCUCAUGGCUUCUCAUACGGUUCUGACGGGAAAAAAAUUAACGAAUCUCAGGAUGAAACACACACACACCCGGGACACAUUUCAGUCCAAAAAAAGGAGACGAAAAGAAAGAAAUGAAGCAUAUUUUAAGGCCAUUACCAAUUUUGGCAUUGUGACAUUUUCAUCUUAAAAUGAUCAGAAAACAUAAUACAGUACUGUAUCUCAUGGAUUAAAACAGACGAACAUUGUUUUAAUAUUCUCGUCAUUCAGAAUCCAGUUAUGUGGUCAUUAUCUUGAGGAGUUGUGUCCUUUCAAAAUCUAUUUUAAGACGUGACUGUACUUUUCAAACAUUUCCUAUAAGUGUCUAGCGUGAACUGUAAUUUAUUCCAUUUCUCCAUUUAAAAAAGUUUGCCAAACAUAAAACCAGAGCUUGUCCGUGACAUUAUGUCUCAUGUUUGAAAGCUGAUGGUCUUUACGUUGAUGUCCGGUCUGAAUGAACUCACCUUCUCUUUUGUCUGCCUUAUGGUUUUGUAUAAAUGUUGAGGAGUUGAAUGUAUUGUUCUCUGACUUCUGCCUGCAUUUCCCAGCAUUCGCUGUUUCUAUGUUUUAAACCGGAAAAAAAGAAACAGAAAGAAAAGUGAAACAUGAUUUAAAAUACUGUAAGCCGUGUAAUGUAUGUAACUGUUUGCUUGAAUUAAUAAAAAUUCAACUUUAAGGUUCUAA